AUGCUUGGGAUAAUCGUCGCGGGCUACUGGGUGGGUGUUCGCUUCGACGAGCCGGUGGGCCGCGGGGACGGCACGGUGCGAGGGAAGCGCCUGUUCGAGUGCCAGAAGGGCUUCGGGGGCUUCGUGCGCGGGAAGAACGUAACAUCCGGGGAUUUCCCGGAGAGGCCGUUCGACGAAUUGGACGACGACGAAGACGAGGACGAGAUCUAG